CUCUUUGGGAAAAAAAAUGAAACUUCGGUAUAUUUAUUGUAGAUAUUAGACGCCUCCCGGCCCAGACCUGUUUUCGUACAUUCCAAGAUGGCAGCCUCCUUGUUGCGGCAAAGUGCGAGGCUGAUCGGAGCGAGAGGCGGCGGUGGCGCGGCAGUAACAAAAAGGUGCCUGCUCUCUGCAGCUUAUUUAGAUAGUCAGAAAUGGGACCAGAGACAGAAAGACCCUCAAAAUCUGGCGGAACUAGCUGUGCUAAUGGAUGUAACCUACGAGAAGAAGCUUCCUGUCAGCUCAUUGACAAUAGCAAGGUUUAUUGACAACAUUUCUUCAAGAGAAGAGGUUGAGCAAGCUGAAUACUAUCUUUACAAGUUUCGACAUAGUCCAAACUGCUGGUAUCUAAGAGAUUGGACUAUCCAUAGCUGGAUUCGACAGUGUUUGAAGUAUGAUGCGAGAGACAAGGCCUUGCACACCGUGAGAAACCAGAUACAAUAUGGAAUUUUUCCAGACAACUUCACAUUUAAUCUACUAAUUGACUCCUUUAUUAAAGAGGAAGAUCUAAAGUGUGCGAUAGCUGUUGUCAAUGAAGUUAUGCUACAAGAAGCAUUUGAUGAGCCAUGUACACAGCUUCUUUCCCUCUACAUUCUACUUAAAUAUCUACAUAGUAAGCCAAAAUUAAAGUGGGAAGAUGAGAGGAAUCUGGGUGCAGCAUUGCUCUUGGUUGGACUGAAGCAGAACAAUACUGUUGGAUUUAGCUCUCAGCUUCUGGGACAUGCAUUUCUUGGAAAAAUUGAACUAGCCAAGGGGAUCCGUGCUGUUUACACCAACAUGCCCCUCAUGUGGAUCCCAGGAUACUUUAAUCGCGCACUAAAUGUGAUGGAGAAUACAGUGACAGCACCAAAUGAAAUAAAGCUUUGCAAAGAAACGAAUGUGAUGAAUUAA